AUCUCUUAAUUAUUUGGUUGGUCUUUGUUUGACCAAUUUGGGCUUUUUUCAUACAUCAAAAUCCCAAAUUUGAUAUCCCCUUGAGCUUAGCUCAGUUGGUAGAGAUAUUACAUUAUAUGUGCACGAACCCGAGACACUCUGCGUAUUCACCUUUAGGCUUUGUUUGGUUUAAAGAAAAGAAAAUGAAAGGAAAUAAAAUUACAGAAAUCGAUGGAUGAAUUUGGACUAACUCUAAUCGAAGUUCAUCCAUCGAUUUCUGUAAUUUUCUCUCAUUCCACUUUCUUUUCACAAAACCAAACACACUAAGGUGAAUUUUCUACCCACUAGACUACUUAAAAAAAAAUCCCAACGUUGAUCCUGAAUGAAAUUGUGGUGCGAGUAAUAAAGAAGAGAGUGACAUGUGGUAAAUCGAGAAUCAAGCACUUAAGCAGUAAAAUCAGCAAACACACCUGUGAAUUAUGGAAAGACAAUCUUAUCCUCGCUCCAUUGAAAAUUACCAACAAACAACAAAUCAAUCAGUUGCAUCCAUUUUCACUCUCUUCUUCUUCUUCUUCUUCUCUCUCUCACAACAAACUUAAAUCUUCAACAAAAUCGAACCAGCUCAAAAACACACAUUCAUCACUCAUCGAGUUUCGGCAAUGCACCACGCGGGUAGUGUAGGGAAUCCAAAUAAUUUUACUCGCCCGCGUAAGGAGAAGAGAUUGACAUACGUGUUGAAUGAUUCUGAUGACACAAAGCAUUGUGCCGGCAUAAAUUGCUUGGCUGUACUUAAGUCUGCAGCAUCUGAUGAAUCUGAUUAUCUUUUCACCGGAAGCCGUGAUGGCAAACUAAAAAGAUGGGGUCUAGCUGUGGAUGCAGCGACAUGCUCUGCGACCUUUGAAUCUCACUCGGAUUGGGUAAAUGAUGCAGUACUUGUGGGUGAUAGUACACUUGUUUCUUGUUCUUCAGAUACAACCCUUAAGACAUGGAAUGCAUUGUCUACGGGAACAUGUACCAGGACACUCUGCCAACACUCAGAUUAUGUCACUUGUCUUGCAGCAGCUGAAAAAAAUAGCAAUAUUGUUGCCUCGGGUGGCCUUGGCGGGGAGGUUUUUAUCUGGGAUAUUGAAGCUGCACUUGCUUCAGCUUCAAAGUGCAAUGAUGCUAUGGAUGAUGAUGCUUCAAAUGGUGUCAAUAGUUCUGGAAACUCUUUGCCAAUGACAAGCUUACGUACCAUCGGCUCUAGCAACAGUAUAUCCAUGCAAGCCCAAACUGAAGGAUACAUUCCGGUUGCUGCCAAAGGCCAUAAGGAAUCUGUUUAUGCAUUGGCAAUGAAUGAAGGUGGAACACUUCUUGUCUCCGGUGGUACAGAAAAGGUUGUACGUGUUUGGGAUCCAAGAUCUGGAUCAAAGACUAUGAAGCUAAAAGGGCAUACAGAUAACAUUAGGGCUUUGAUUCUGGAUUCUACCGGCAGGUUAUGUUUAUCAGGAUCUUCAGACUCUAUGUUAAGGCUUUGGGAUCUCGGUCAGCAAAGAUGUGUGCAUUCUUAUGCUGUUCAUACAGAUUCUGUUUGGGCUCUUGCUAGCAAUUCAACGUUUAGUCAUGUUUAUAGUGGUGGUAGAGACUCUUCUUUAUACUUGACAGAUUUGCAUACUAGAGAGAGUGUUUUGCUUAGCACAGGGGAACAACCAAUCCUUCAAUUGGCUUUGCAUGAUGAUAGCAUAUGGGUGGCAUCAACAGACUCAUCAGUUCACAGAUGGCCUGCUGAAGUAUGCAACCCUCAAAAGAUUUUCGAAAGAGGCAAUUAUUUUUUAGCUGGAAAUUUGUCAUUUUCAAGAGCAAGGGUGUCUCUAGAAGGAUCUACCCCUGUUCCUGAAUAUAAACAGCCUAUCUUGACUAUUCCUGGCAUCCCUGCAAUAGUACAGCAUGAAGUUUUAAAUAAUAAGAGGCAUGUGCUAACUAAGGAUACUUCUGGUUCGGUGAAGUUAUGGGAAAUCACGAAAGGUGUUGCAAUUGAAGAUUAUGGAAAGGUACCAUUUGACGAGAAAAAGGAAGAGCUAUUUGAGAUGGUUAGCGUUCCUGCAUGGUUCACAGUGGAUACCAGACUUGGAAGUUUGUCUGUACAUUUGGACACCCCACAGUGCUUUUCUGCUGAGAUUUAUUCACAAGAGCUUAACAUCGUAGAAAAGCCUGAAGAUGACAAGAUUAACUUGGCUCGAGAAACACUGAAAGGACUCUUGGUUCAUUGGUUGAGGAAACGAAAGCAAAGGAUGGGAACUCAUGCUUCUGCUAAUGGGGAGUUAUUGUCUGAAAAUAAUAUUGGUACUAGAAGUCUUUCACAUUCAAGAGUUGAGGUUGAUGGAAGUUCUGAGAUUGAUACCAUUGUUUAUCCUCCUUUUGAAUUCUCAAUUGCUUCCCCCCCUUCCAUUAUUACCGAGGGAACUCAUGGAGGUCCAUGGAGGAAAAAGAUUACAGAUUUAGAUGGAACUGAGGAUGAUAAAGACAUCCCCUGGUGGUGUCUGGACUGUGUAUUGAAUAACCGAUUACCUCCUAGAGAAAAUGCCAAAUGCAGUUUCUAUUUAUAUCCUUAUGAAGGCUCUACUGUCCAGAUCGUCACUCAAGGGAAGCUAAGUGCUCCACGUAUAUUAAAAAUUCAUAAGGUUAUUAAUUAUGUUGUAGAAAAGAUUGUGCUUGACAAACCUUUGGAUAGUAUCAAUGCCGAAGGUAGUCAUCCCUCUGGGCCUGGGUCACAGUUACAGCACCAAACAGUUGGGGAUGGAUCUUCCCGAUCUGGGUCUAAACCUUGGCAAAAAGUCAAACCUUCUACCGAAAUAUUGUGCAACAAUCAGGCAAGUUAUGUGUUCUUAUCAAGAUAUUGUCUCCAGAAAUGAGCUUAGCCACAGUGCGAGCUUAUGUAUGGAAGAAAACAGAUGACCUUGUCCUACAUUACAGAGUAAUUCUUGGGAAGUGAUUGGAAACUGUACUUUCAUUGAUGGUGGUUUUCUUCUGAUUGUGUUUAAACACUUCAGAGCAAUGAUUCUAGUCAGGUGCCUGCUUUGAUCAGUGGCAUUCUGGAAUAUACUUUCGGUGGACAUACCAGGAAUCGUCGAUUUUGAGUCUGCAAGACGAAGGUUUAUAAUUGGCUCCAUUGAGUAUUAGUGGGGAUCACGGGUUCUUUCCAGGAAGUAGGUAGCAAAUUUAGGGAUGGCAACUAAACCAUUGUACAUUUGAUCUGUAUGUUAAAUACCUAAACUUAGAAAUUAUGUUCUAUAGAUGUGUUUUCCUUCUUAUUCAUCUCUGUUCUGUUUUUUUU